UGUAAAAAAGGCCCUAAAGUCAGUUAAAAUCAAACGAAAUCGAUGCUUACCGCCCGGUGGAUUUUGGUUUUUUGAUUGUCAAUAAAUUAAACAAUAAGUUUAUAGUUAAUUUUUUCGAAAAAAACAGUUUUCGAAAAAUUAAACUAUGACUCUCACAGAAAUGGAGCCACUGAAAAUUCACCUUGACUCCUUGGAGAUGGCAGGGAAAAUGGUAGACAAACACAUUAAUGCAGACAGUAAUUUUCCAUCGUUAAUUAAUCUUAUGAGAUAUACUGUACAAGGUGGUCCAACAGUUAGCGGUUUAGAUGUAUAUGAUUAUCCAAAUUUAAAUGGUUCUAAUUUAUUAAAUGUAAAUCAUAUGAAAAUUCACAGUAAAAUUCCAUUGCCCUCAGAAGUUAUGGAGCAUUUUGGACAUAUGCAAUGUCACUGCAUGAUGGGACUUUUUACAGAUAUUUCGAAAGCUUGGCUGACAAUUGACAGUGACAUUUAUGUUUGGUCCUAUGAAAAUGAAUCUGAUGUGGCGUACUUUGAUGGAUUGAAUGAGACAAUUAUUAGUGUUGGCUUAGUGAAACCAAAACCAGGAAUAUUUCAAAGUUACGUGAAAUAUUUGCUAAUUUUAACAACUACUGUUGAAAUAACUGUUCUUGGUGUUACUUUAUCCGAAACGAGCUCACAAGGAGAAAUACAGUUAGUUCCAGAACCAAUUUUUACGGUUACCACUGAUGGAGUCGCUAUUACGACUAUUGCAAAUACAAAUAGUGGUAGAAUUUUUCUUGGCGGGAGAAAUGGAUCCCUUUAUGAAAUAUAUUACCAAGCGGAAAGUAGUUGGUUUGGAAAACGUUGUAAAAAGAUAAAUCAUUCAGAAGGUCCAUUAUCGUUUUUGGUACCUUCAUUCGUUUCAAUUGCAUUAAGUGAAGAAGAAGCGAUAGUUCAAAUAUCAGUAGAUGACACGAGGCAUAUUUUAUAUACUCUUGGUGAUAAAGGAAGUAUAACUGUUUGGGAUAUUGAUAAUGGAGGAGCAUCUAAAAUAACAUCGAUGACACAAACAACACUUGUACAAAAUUCAGUUCAUGCUGUUAAAACCCUUGAUAGUAACAAUUUUCGGCCUUUGGUUAGUAUAUCGGCUAUUACAGAAUCAGAGUCGCAACAUUUGAAUUUAGUUGCAGUUGCAGCAACAGGAACAAGAUUUUAUUUUAGCUGCAGUUCAGUUUCAAAUCCCAGCAGUAGACCACAGGGUCUUCAAUUAAUUCAUGUUAGAUUACCACCUGGUUAUGCCGCUAAUGCUCCUGUUAUUAGACCAAGAAAAGUUCAAAUGUCCCAUUAUAGAAAAGGAACUUUAAUACUAACCUGUGGCGGUGAUUCUGAAACUGUAUGGUGUUUAACAAAUGAUGUUUUUCCCUUCACGAGUUAUCUUGCCGAAACACAAAGUAUUCUUCCAUUGGAUAGUCCAGUUUGGUCGAUGGCAGAAAUUCUCGGUGAACCUGCAAUAAAAAUAGAAACGUUUAAUGGAUUACAAGGAGAUCCACCCCUUUUAGUGAGGCAACAUAUGGAACCACCUAGGAAAUUUAUUUUCCUAACUGCACAAGGAGCAAUAAUAUUAAUGCAAGAGCGACCAGUCGAUAUUCUUCGGCAGCUUCUAUUAAAACAACGAGGUCCAGAUUCAGAAGCAGUGAGAGCUUAUUUUCAAUCACAAUCACCAGAACAAGCAUGCGCUACUUGUUUGAUUUUAGCUACCCUUGAAAGUUCUCAAAAUGUUCAAUUAUCCGAAUGGGCAACAAGAGCAUUUUUCUUAUAUGGAGGACAAAGAAUUUCUAAUGCACCAAAUAUGGAGAUACACAGUGGAUUUUCAAAUUUAAAUGCAGGAGAUCUUCGAACAUCAACGCCAAGAAUGCAAGGUUUAGAAUCACGAUCGCCUAUCUUUAGAUCACAACAAAUGGGUAUUUCAACAGAUUUGUCAUUACAACAAUUUUCUGGAAAACAUGGAGGCUUGUAUCUUUAUGUUGGUAGAUUAUUGAGGCCAUUUUGGAAUUUAAGAUGCAUCAAACAAGAAACUGUUAAUAGUAAAUGCCAGAUACUUAGUACAGUGUCAUCGAAUCAAGUUGGAUGGGUUUUGGGACAUUUACAAGCUCUAAGAUCAUUUUUAAAUAAAAACACCUACAUUUCUAAACAGUUUAGAGAUAAUUCAACUCGAAAUAUGACAAAUGGCUUUGAAAUGAGUCAAUUCAAUGAACCAAUUGUUGAGGAAAGAAAUUCAUUGGAUGCAUUGAAAAUUUUCAUUACUCAUGCUUGUGAAAUUUUGGGACUUUGGAAAAUUCUCUGCGAAAAUCAAUUACAAAAUAUUGUUAAUUGUCUCUCAAAGGAACAAAUUAAUCAGUUUUCAACGGCAACAUUUAGAGAUUUGAUUUUAAUUGGUCAUGAAAUAUCAUCUUUGCUUAUUAUCCACUUGAUUGACAGUUAUUUAGGUGACAAUGCUUCAGUUGAUGCUGUUAGUGCAAAAUUACGCGAAAUCUGUCCAAAUUUGUAUAGAAGCGAGGACGCUAUUUGUUCAAAGGCUAAUGAAAUUAUUCUAAAAGCAAAAAAUUGUACAAAUAAUGAGGAAAAGGAAACGUACUUGCAGUCUGCUCUUAAGCUGUGUAAAGAAGUUGCUCCAAGAUUAAAUUUAGCAGCUGUUUGUCAACAAUUUGUAGCUUGUCAAUUUUAUUCCGGUGUUUUGGAACUUUGUCUUUGUUGUUCAGAGAGAAUUGAUCCUAAUAAUGCUGCAUUGCAUUAUUAUAAAAAUAAUGAGCCAAUCGAAGAUUAUGAAGGCAAUGCUGCUUAUUCGAAACGAUUAGAAAUUUACAAAGAAUUCACUGCAAUGUUAGAUCAUCUUUAUAAUCAAAGUAUUUCUAAUCCUCUGACACCAACAAUUCCAAGUAAACCAGGUCCACCUAUUCGAAAUACAUUAGCUACCAAUGUACCAGCAAAAGAUGUGUUACACGAUAUUAUCGAUGAGGCAUUGCAUUCAUCGUGUGAAACUUUACAUGCAUCAAUUUAUUUGUGGAUGAUUGAAAAAGGACUUCAUGGAGAAUUAAUUGCACUUGCUGCACCUUCUUUGGAAGCAUAUCUCAUAAGAGUUGGAGCACCAGAAUUAUUAUGGCAAUAUUAUGAACGAAAUAAAAAUCACGCGGGAGCUGCUAAAAUCUUAGAUUCACUAGCUUCGAAACCAGGAACUGGCGUUCCUUUAACUCAACGUGUUGAAUAUUUAGCACGUGCUGUAAUUUGUAUGCGAAGUGAUAGAGCAGGAUAUGCUCCUUAUCUUGGAGUUUUUCUCCGUGAACUUGAAGAUAAAGUAGAAAUAGCAAGAAUACAGCAACAGAUAUUAGAAACAAUUGUAAAUCAGGAAAAUAUUCUUGAUGCUGACACUGUACGAGAUGCAAGGAUGAGACUAAAUUCUUCCUUAUUAGAUAUUACACAAUUAUAUGAAGAUUAUGCAGAACCACUUCAACUUUGGGAAUGUAAAUUGUCAAUAAUUCAUUGUUCAGGACAUCAGGAUUCAAUGUUAAUUCAAGGAAUUUGGACCAACAUAAUUGAUAAUGAAUUAAGAAAUGCUACAUCUCCAUCAUCGGAAGACAAAUUAGUAAUUCUCUUGACUAAAAUUAAACAACUUGGGCAGGAUUAUUUUGGAAGUCCACAUUGUUUCCCAAUAGACUUUUUAUUAAAAGAAUUGGAAAUUCGAGCCUGUCGAUUGAAAGUUUCUAAUGAUCAUAUAAUUAAAGGACUUUUACAAUUAGGAAUCCCAAUUGAAGAUCUUUUAGACUACUAUGAUAAAAUGAUUGGAGGAAACAAUCGUACGUGGCUAAACGAAGGCAAUGAAUUCCAUUUAAUUGAAUCAACAAUGAAUCUAGUUAACUAUUUCAUAUCCAAUUCAACUGUAACUAAUAACUUUAACAGAAUGAAAAUAAUAACAAAGUGUCAAGAUGUAAUUUCCAAAUGUUUGACGACACUCUUUAGUAAACCAAAUGGAGGACAAUUAAUUGAAAAAUUACGAUCAAUACAAAGUGUGCUUAAUCGUUUGUAAACAAAUUUUUGUAUUGAACUUUGAAGUAAAACAAAAUCAAUACACAAUUAUGUAAAAAAAAACCCAAAGUUAUUUGAUAUUUUUAUUAUACUGCUACUAUUACUACUCAGUAUGUCUUUUUUAUAAUACUCUGUACUUUUGCAAUUGUUAUUUCUAAUAAACACAUUCCGACACUAAGUAAAA